CACGCACACGCACACGCACUCUCUCUCACUCUCUCACUCUCUCUCGUAUAGUCUUUAUCGAAGAGGAGGGGGCCUCGGUUUAUCGACUCCUCUUCGGCUCUGGGGCAAGUGCACCGUCCGAGGAAAACAGCAAGCGUCCCCGAACUAAACAGAUACAUACACGAACGCUGUUAUUAACCUGAAGAGCGGUACAAGGCCCCCUCCCCCGAAACGUAUUGAUCUACAGCAGCGGAUUUGCGGACGGAGCGAUGGCGGACUCAGGCAGCACCGCAGCGGCAGCCGGAGCCGCAGGCUCGAAUGGGAGCGCCGCCGGGGCCGGAGGAGCGGUGCCGCCCGGAGGAGCGACUGGAGCCGCGGGAUCGAAACCCGGCCUGGAGUCCGUAAAAGGGCAGAAUUUCGACGUGGGCCCGCGCUACACCGACCUUCAGUACAUUGGGGAGGGGGCAUACGGAAUGGUUUGCUCCGCAUUCGACAAUGUGAAUAAGAUCCGAGUGGCCAUUAAGAAGAUCAGCCCGUUCGAGCACCAGACCUACUGCCAGCGCACCCUGAGGGAGAUUAAGAUCCUACUGCGGUUCCGACAUGAGAACAUCAUCGGUAUCAAUGACAUCCUGAGAGCACGCCACAUUGACUAUAUGCGGGACGUCUACAUCGUCCAGGACCUGAUGGAGACGGACUUGUACAAGCUGCUGAAGACCCAGCAGCUCAGCAACGACCACAUCUGCUACUUCUUGUACCAGAUCCUGCGUGGGCUGAAGUAUAUCCACUCUGCCAAUGUCCUCCACAGAGACCUGAAGCCCUCCAACCUGCUCAUCAACACCACUUGUGACCUCAAGAUCUGUGACUUUGGAUUGGCACGGAUAGCUGACCCAGAGCAUGACCACACUGGAUUCCUCACAGAGUAUGUGGCCACUCGCUGGUAUCGUGCACCUGAGAUCAUGCUCAAUUCCAAGGGCUACACAAAGUCCAUUGAUAUUUGGUCAGUGGGUUGCAUCCUGGCUGAGAUGUUGUCCAACAGGCCCAUUUUCCCAGGAAAGCACUAUUUGGACCAACUCAACCACAUACUAGGUAUCCUGGGCUCCCCCUCUCAGGAUGAUCUAAACUGUAUCAUCAACAUGAAGGCCAGGAACUACUUGCAGUCUCUGCCCCAAAAACCCAAAAUUCCCUGGAACAAGCUUUUCCCCAAGGCGGACAGUAAAGCUCUGGAUUUGUUGGACCGCAUGUUAACCUUCAAUCCCAUCAAACGUAUAACUGUGGAAGAAGCAUUGGCCCACCCUUACCUGGAGCAGUACUAUGACCCCACUGAUGAGCCAGUUGCUGAGGAGCCCUUCACCUUUAACAUGGAGCUAGAUGACCUUCCUAAAGAGAAGCUGAAGGAGCUCAUCUUUGAGGAGACGGCUCGAUUCCAGGCAAACUACCAAGGCUCCUGAGAGAAGAGAGCUCUCACAGAGAAUGACCAAGCCAUGCGAUGGCUAAGAACAAGAUAACUCCAAACAAGCUACAAAAGAUAUACGUACAUAUAUGGUAUCCAAAAAAGAAGAUAAAAAAAUAUACAUUGAAAACUUGAGCGUUUCUUUUCUUUCUCCAUCUCUCUUGCUGGGCGGCUGUGCGCUAGUUUGGGCGUGUAACUUGCUAUGUUAAUGCCAUCGAAUGGGGCUGUUACUCACUAUCUCACUCCUUGCUGCGCACAGCCUCUUCUCCUUCACCCCUGCUCGCCUCAUCUCUCUCUCUGUCUCUCUCUCUGUCUCUCUCUCUCUGUCUAUGUCUCUCACCCUUCUACUCUCCCCCACCUCUCCAUCACUUUAGUUUUCUCUUCCUACUGUAUUGCCCUUGAAUGGAGAGAGCAGAGAGGGAGAGGAAGAGUGAGCACAUGGUUAUUAUGGGCUCUAGCUGGGUGUGUGUACAUAUAUGGGGCGGUUUUUUUUGUUUAUUUUUUGUUUGUUUUGGGGUUUUUUUGCACUUGGAGUAUUGUAUGUCAGAGAUCUGUUUGUACACUGUAAUUUGAACAUUACGAUCAGUUACAAAAUGUGUUUUGUAUGUUGGGAGUAUAUUUGAGUGUGUUUCUAGGUUUUGUCUUUUUUUUUUUUUUUUCUUUUUUUUUUUAAAGACAAAAUACAUUACUUGUGAUGAGCUUGAUUACUUUUUGUUUUUGGCUUUCGUAAAGAGGUCUUGCUCAGACUAUGAUAUGUAUCUUUUUAGCCGGUGGGUUUAUUAUGGAAAUGGAGAACGAUCCAGGCCGGGUGAAGGGAAGAAAGAGCAAGAGAUACAGAAUAGUCUCCUGCUUUACUUACUGUACAAAAUAUCAGAUCUCCACCAUUAAGGUUUUGAGACGCUUUCUCGCCAGUGCUUUUGGAAAAUGAAGCCAUCAGUAUCAUCAAAACGUCAUAUUCACAUUCCUCUUGAUGCGCCCUCAUUCUUUCCUCCUCUCUCCCUCUUUUUGUUUAUUCCUUUCUCUUUCUCAAUCAGUUUUCACCCACUCCAUUUAUGCUUUGUGUCAUAUAUAAUUUCCUACAUAUCCCUGCGCGAGGAGGUUUUCUUUAUCCGUUGUGUUGCUCUUAACAAUGGUUGUCAUUGGUUACUAUGUCUGUGGCUACUGUUGCCAUGGUCUCCCCUCCUCCUGUUUUUUUGGUAACAAAACAUCAGCAGAUUGUGAGGUGUAAUCUUUCAAAUACUGCUCCUCUGAUGCUUUCAUGCAACAUAUCUGUCCCUUCUUCUGCAUCAUUCCUUCUUUUUCCUCUUUCUCCUCGCUCUGUGGGUUGAGGUAACAUAGCCAAGCGAACGUUUUCAGAGCCAUAGCACACGGUCAUUCCCCAUUCUCCUUUUGUGAUGUCAGACUUUUCGAAAGGGCUUUUCCACAGGGCUUGCUGACCUCAUGCCUCUCGUCUGUGAUUGGUUGACCUUGUGUUUAUUGUAGUCUGUGAUUGGCUGACUUUUGCAUGUGCCAUUUCACAGUUGUUACUGCUAUUUGCCCUGUGUUUAUGGAACUGUUAUUAGCGCGCACAUAUAUAUAUAUAUAUAUAUAUAUAUAUUAUAUAUAUACACACACACUGUGCAGCAAAAAAUGCACUGUCCUUACCCAUUUAAACAGACGCUUUUGGCUAGUUGUGGAUGAGGAAAGCUCGCUCUCGGUGGGAGGAAUGGAGGAAUUUUAAGUCGCACAGGGUGUAUUUGUUUUGCUUAAAGGCCAGGCUUAUCUUAAUUUCCACCAUUGACCAAGCCUUUCUGAAUGGUGCUUUGAAUUUACACACUUGAAAUGCUUUAGUCAGUUGCACAUAAAUAAAGUGGUCCAUCAGCACAAUUGCUGUUUUUAUUCAUUAUAUGGAGUAGGGAUGCAUGAUGAUAUCGGAAUCAUCAUGCUAUCAGAUAAUGGCUAAUUGCUAAAUUGCUUUAAAGAAAGUGGACAAAUAUUUGGAAUUGACUGAUUAUUUCAAACCGAUAUUUGAUGAAGUGUUUUUUGGACCCAAUGUUUUGGAAAUGCUCAGCUACUUUGCUAAAAUUCAGAAGAUGCGUACAUUUAAAAAAUUGGAUAUCGGCUUUGACUAUUCUUAUAUCAUUGCAUCCCUAAUGAUGUAAUGUUGAUUUUGUUCAGUUGCAGCUGACUAACACAUUUGAAUCAUAUAAAUUUGAGGCAUUUUUCAGUGAAUGAAAUAAAACAAGCGCACCUUUCUUCAGAUUUCAUUAAGAUUUUGUGAUGUUGCUCAAUCUGUGCACCUGCACUUUGUGUCUCAUGACCAAACUUUUUUUUUUUUUUUUGUCUUUGUUUUUUUUGUGCAAUUUCCUGUCUUAUGAAACCAAGAGUUAAGGAAUGGAGAUGUAAAAACAACAAAAUUCAUUCCCUUCAUUUUGGUCCUUUAUUUUCAGUCCUGUUGUCUUUUUUCCUUUCCUCUGCUUUCUUCUCUUUCUCCUCACCUCCUGCACUCCUCUGCUUUGCUAGUGCGUUGUGUUACAGGAAGGCACAGAUGGCAGGGCUGCAUUGCGCCCGUGUCCGUGUCUGCAUGUCUGUCUGUUUCAGCCUCGAGCUGCUCUUCUCUGCUUGCCCUUGGGGGGGUGACACCACACCGCUCACUGACCUGAGGGAAAUCAUUUACCAAGGAAAAUGAUCUUUCUAUUAUGCUGUAUUGUUGCUAAUGUAAUGCUUAUUUACAAACGGGACCAUGGGGACUGUCUACAAUCGUACACGCACACAUCACACACAAACACUUGCAGAUAUCACUCACAUGAAAAACAGUAUAUGAUUUGAAAGGCCUACAAAUGAGGCAGAUUUCGUAAUUUUGUCCUUUUAAUGGCUGUUCUUAUAAUUAUUGCUGUUGUUAUAUUGGUGAGUUUUUUUGUUGUUUUCUUUUUUAAAGAACUGAAAAGGGAUUUAAAAUUCUUUUUUUUUAUUAGUAUGUUUUUAUUUUUUUCUCUUAUUUCUCUCUUUGGGUGUGAAAAUUAAUUGGCUGUGAUGUCACUUUUUCGGAAAUCUAUUUUUUUUCCCUUAAACUUAUAAGGACUUAUUUUAAAAGAUGAUUUAAAGAUAUGAGUAGAUAUGUCAAGAGAUAAGAACCAUGGAUGGUUAUAGUGUAUGUACAUGCUUAUGGGUAUUAUGAAUUAAACAAUUAACAAAGAAACAGAAUUAUAUACAUAUAUUAAAUAAACUUCCUGAUACUGUA